AUGUCAGAAGUGGGGAUGUUGAGGUAGGGUUAUUUAAAGAAAAAAUUAUUUUUUUGGUUAAAUUAUGAUUCUUUGAGUAUGUUGGAGUAUAAACAUGAUUUAUUUUUUAGAAACGCCUAACUUCUACAACAGGGUGGCAUAAGAAGUUGGCAUCGAAAAAGAAUUUUGGCAUUUUUCAAGAAAUUGUCGCUGAGAGUUCUAAGAUGAUGUUUGUGGUAGAACUACUCAAGGAAGCCGAAAAACGUGGUGAUAAAACGUUAGUUUUUACACUUUAACGGACAAAUAACAUUAAUUGAAUGCACUUAUAGCUUUUAUGUCAUGUUGAACUACCUACUGAUUCUAGAACUGAAUAUUAAGUAUAAUACUUUUAUUUUUUAACGGUAAUAUGAAGUUUAAAACUAAAGUUAUAAUUAUUUAGGAUCGUAUUCAUUCGUUCUCAAGAUACGAUAGCUAUGUUGACACGAAUGUUGACGAAAAUGGGACGCAAUUGGAAAGCAGACAGACAUCUUGACGGUGUACUAAAUUCGCGAGACUUUCAAUGGACUGAGGGACACGACUUUGCUGUGAGUUAUGUUAAAUGCCUAAAGGGUUACUGUCAGAUUAUGAUAUUUUAAAGCUUUGUAAUUUUGAUGCCUUUAAUUUCAGCGAAUCUACGGUGCCGACAAAGGAGCCGAGUACCGUACCCGAGUGCAGGCCGACUUUAAUGACAAAAAUAAGCGGCGCUUAAGAUUACUUAUGGUGUCUAUUCAGUCUGGGUCAGCGGGAAUGAACUUGAUUGGAGCCAACCGGGUGGUCAUUUUCGAUGUAGAUUGGAAUCCGGCCAACGAUCGGCAAGCUUUGCAUCGUGCUUACAGAAUCGGACAGACUAAAGAGACCUUUGUCUGCAGACUGGUGGCUGGCGGAACAAUGGAAGAAGCCAUCUAUCUAUAAGGUACAAUUCAACAAGGACAUGAACAACGAGAGCUUCAACACGGAUCUGGACAUCAAGAAGCAGUACACGGUGGAGGAGGCUUCUGGUUUCUACUCUCUGAGUGCCGAACCUUACAGUAAACAGAACCCACCGGUGCUGGAGUACGGAAAAGACGACUCAGCUUUGCAAAGUAUUAUCAAAAAGCAUCCUGAACUGUUUGUUAAGAUUACUGAGCCAUCGCUUAUGCUCAAGCUUCAGGAGGACGAUUUUUAUCUGAGCCCGGAGGUAAAUAAUUUUUAAAAGAUUUUGUUAAGUAGCAUAACUAUCAAUUUGUAAUUUUUAUUAAAAAAAUGUAGCACAAUUUGAAUUCAAUUUGAUGGUUUAGGAAAUGGCUAACGGGCACAGAAGACUCGAGCAAGAAAAGGAAUUUCUGAAUUUAGGACCCAGCAAUAUAGCUGUUGUUGAGGAAGAGAUUCAACAAAUUGGAAAAGGAUUCAGCGACUUUGACUUUAUUAACAGUAAGUGAUAUUAUUAGGUUUUUCUUAUAACGAAUGGAGUUGCUAAUUUAGUUUUUUUGAUAACCAUAUCUCUACAUUGAGAGUAUUGAUUGAAAACAGCAAUAGAAUCUAUGCACAAAGCCAGUGUUUUAUCUCUUAUGAGUAGAUUUAACAAAAAUAACUGAUUUUCAGUGAUGAGAACAAAAGUUGGAAACGUACGAAAGAACAGCUUCAGCGAUGCGUAUUAUGGUGAAUUGGUGGGAAUUGUGAAACCAAUGUACAAAGCAGCAUCUGUCUAUAUGUUAUACAGAGAUUUGGAUCGAUUGUACAGAGAAAUGACACCUGAGCAAGUCAAACACUACUUUAACUUUACACCCAAAAAAAUCAUCGAAUUGGCAUGCAAGGUAACAGAGUUUAAUACAGUAGAAAUAUAACAAUGUAACUUUAAAGUUAUUAUUGUUUUGUAACUUCUUUGACAUCUAGAUGAUAAGUUAUCCUUUCAGGAUUUGGCAGCGAACAAAAAAGGAGACCGUGCCAUUACCAACAUCCGAAAGCUGCUACAGGAGAUAUACCGUGAUCUGAAGGACGACCGCAAACUCAAACAUGCCUUAGAUAUUAUCGCUAAAUCUUACCACGGUGUUGCAUAA